ACUGAAAACAAAGCACUGCGACUGAAGGACGGCAUCACGGCGUCGCCGCUGGUGGAAGAGAGCGCCGCGGGUCCGGGCUUCCCCUUGGCCCUCCAGAGUUUCGAGACCACGGACGGGCGCCUCACGUGGAACUACUUCGACGAGGCUGGGUACAUAGCCCGCGGUGGCCUGCGCCAAGGGGAGGACCCCUACAUCCGGAACAGGUUCAACCAGGAGGCCAGCGACAGCCUGCCCAGCAACCGGGAGAUUCCGGAUACCAGGAACGCCAUGUGA